UACCGUCAUGAUAACACGAUCAAUCCGUCUUAAUAUUUAAGUAAUUGGAUAAUGUAAAUGUGAUAUAAAAUCUGUGAAUGAAUCUUUACUCGGAUUUUCUUUUGUACAUUUUAAAAAAACCUUGAUGUUUUACUACUGUUUACAUCGACAGGAUUAUCAACAGCUUUUUGGUCUAAGGUCGUAUGUAAUUCACAGGGAAAAAAAGAUGGAAGCCUAUUGACACAGUGCAAUAACGUACAAUACGUUAUGACCAUAUGAUCAUAUUGGGCUUAACCAAGACUACUCCUGCGUACACAUAUCUCCAGCAUAUCACCAGCAUUUUGCACUGUGUAUGAUAUUCAGAAUUCCGGGCUGGCUUUUGACUGUCAACGAAGUGGUCACAAUAAAAGGAUAUGUCAACAUCGAUAAGGUCACACUAUGUGGCACAUAAUGUUAAUAUAACUGAAUGGAUUAUUCGAAACAGGAUAGGUCAUAUACCAUAAUGUAAAUAUGAAACAUUCAACGGAAAACUUAUUUUCCUCGGUGUCAAUGUAACGUUGUCGUGGAAAAUCCCCGGACAUAAAAUGUAUACAAAUAUGAGUGGAAGUCCUUGUCUCGUGCAUAAUACCACAGAUCCAGGAGAAGUCUUCUACGACACUGCCCAGUUUGUAACAGGACUAAUUAUUUACCCAGUCCUCUGCUUCCCUGGAAUUCUUGGCAAUAUUCUAUCACUAAUUGUGCUUUUCCACAAAGAUAUGGCUACAUCAACAAACGUCUACUUAUCCGCAUUGGCAAUCUCAGACACAGUGAAGUUGAUUAACGAUGUUCUCUACUUCGUCGUCAUUCUAAUGAAGCAAAUUAAGGCGGAAAAUGCAGGGCAGGUGAUGUCACAGUUGUAUCCAUACGCACACUACAUUUUUAAUUUUGCUGUUUGUGUGACCGCUUGGCUUACAGUAUCGAUCGCGAUUGAGAGAUAUAUUUCCGUGUGUCAUCCGACGAAAGCCAAGUCGAUUUGCACACUUUCUCGGGCAAGGAAUACAAGCAUUUCUGUGUUCAUCAUAAUGCUAAUAUUAAGCAUCCCCUCUGCUCUUAGGUACCAUGCCAUCGAAGUCGUCGACACAACAUUAAAUACUACAUGUUUUAUUGUAGAACCGACUGACUUAGGAAAUAAUCAGUCAUUCAUGAAACCAUAUACAUGGAUACAAAACUUGUUUCGUUCUAUCGUUCCUCUUGUGGUGCUUAUAUUUUUAAACGCAAGAAUCAUUCAUGAAUUAAAACGUGAGAGAAUCAAAGGUAAGAGUUUAUCAGGAAGAAACCGGAUAACUCUCAUUAUGAUUAUUAUCAUCAUUGUGUUUCUGGUCUGCAUAACUCCUGAUGCGGUGAUGUCUAUGUUCUUUGGAUUUGGCUAUGUGGAAGAAGACAGUUUCGUAAAAGGUAUUAGAGAAAUAACUGACUCGCUUCUUGCGAUGAACUCUGCCUUCAAUUUCGUUUUAUAUUGUACAAUGAGCAUGCAGUUUCGGCACACUUUCUGCAAAAUAUUUGGAAUUAAAUUUCAAUCAAAGCCCGCGCAUCAGCCAGAACGAGACAGGUUAUUGAACGUGACUGUCCCAUAUGGAAGAGUGAGUUUAAGGUCUUCAUUGUUCGAACAAGCGCAUAUGAAGCUACAAGAAACAUUUGUGUAAGCGAACAAAGGCAUUAUGUAUAUUUGUGAUAUAGACUAAGAGUGAGUGACAAAUAAGUAGGUCAAUACCUUACGACAGACGCUGAUUCCAAUGCGACCACCAAUGAAGCGGGCAUAUACAUAAUGCGACGAUGACAAUUUUAGUUCAUGGUUGUAAACAGGAAUGUCAAGUCUAACGAAAUAUUACUACUUACAUCAUAUCCACUUUAAUUUUUUACGAAGUGGAUGGCAUAUUUAAAUAUAGUUAAAAAGCUAAAUCAAAAGCACUUAUACUGCAUGAUAUCCCGGUGUUAUUGGUUACAUACAUGAAUGUAGUUUAAGCACUAAGUCUUUUGUGCACACACUGCACUUUUUCGUACCCAUGGUAGUAAAUUGCACUUCAUUUAUUAGCAAAUUUAACGUUUUACUUUUCGAACUUUUCGAGGCCUAUGAAAAUCAUUUCC